AUGGUAUCUCUAAAAAUAUUUACCCUUUUCGCCUUGACGAUUAUUACGGUCUCCCAAGGACAAGAACCAACUCCAAGAGUUGUAAAUGGAAUCGCAGCUGAUACCAUGAGACGAUUCCCUCAUCACGUUAAUAUCCAACCCAUUGCUAAUGGACAGUGUCAAGAUGCCUUGCCAAGUUGUUCAGGAUCAAUCAUAGGUAAACGAUGGGUCCUAACAUCAAAGGCCUGUGUCGAGAAUGGUGAACAACUUCGAUUGGACUUACAAAGGCUCAACAGGAAUAACUCUAUUGGAUCUUACAGUACUGUGGUGAAUAACGAUGAGCAAUCAGUUACUAAGUAUCCAACAGACUAUGAUGAUAUUGCAUUGAUCAAAUUACCAUUCGAAUUGAUUUACUCCCCUACUGUCAAGCCUAUAGGUUUUUCGUCAAGUUCACCGGCCCAGUUGUUGAAAAAACUUGUUGUUUUGCCAGGAUUCGACGAUAGUCAGGGAAAGGAUCAACUCAGUUAUGCAAUGUUGAAUAUAGCCUCAAAUGGAGUCUGUAAGCAGUUUUAUGGAGACGUGUUCGAUGAGUUUCUGAAUAUGUGCGCUGAACAAAAUAACCGUUAUGGCCUUUCCGGAUCUGACACUGGAGCUGGUUUGAUUGUCGGCUGGCCAGCUAAGUCAGCAAUAAUUGGAGUGUUAUCAAAUAUUAUAAAUGCUUCCGGCACUGGUAUUCCAUCUGCUUAUAUUCUCAUUGAAAAAUAUGAACCAUGGAUCAGGGCCAUCAUGGCAGAAACAGAGGAAGUAUUUAUUACCACAACAGGGUAUUAUGCAAGUUAA